AUGUCCGACCAAAUCGACGGUUUGGAUCUCUUAGACCUCCUUCCUCCUCCGCCGGCCGAGAGCGAGGAAACCAUUGCUCUGAGAGCUGAGGCGGCCGAGCUGAACGCUCGUCUCACCCACAUGCUCCAGUCAGCUCCCUCCCAACACGACGAGGACCACAUUCCGGAGAAGGAGGAGUGGUGCAAGAACCUCUCCGAUCUUAAGGAUCAGCUGGCGAACCGCUUGACGCUUGCGCGGGACAACAAGGUUGUUAUCGAUCUGCCAGUCUCCGCAAGGCGAGACUGGCAGAAAGGUUACCUCCUUCGCGCGGCGUUCCAAAGCCAGGUGACCGCCUUCAAGGAUGCCGAGCUCACCUCAAAGGAGACGGCGGAAACCUCAACCACCUCCACCACCGCCACUGCUCCCGCUCCCGCCACCACCACCACCACUGCUCCCGCUCCCGCCACCACCACCACUGCUCCCACCACCGCUACUCCCACCGCGACCUCAAUGGAACUCGGGCCCGCCACAGGUGAGAGAGAAGAAAGCGCCGAUCAGGAGCAGGAGGCCCGGCAGGAGGAGGAGGAGGAGGAGGAGGAGGAGGAGGAGGAGGAGGAGGAGGAGGAGGAGGAGGAGGAGGAGGAGGAGGAGGAGGAGGAGGAGGAGGAGGAGGAGACUCAUGAACGGGUGGGACCCAAGAAACGGACGCCGCGCAUAAGCGCCGAGAAGGCCAUCCACGAGGUGCCUUGUGCCAACUGCAAGAAAGUGGCCCGCACAUGCCACGUCGCCUCCACGGGCGUGUCGUGCUACGAGUGCCGCCGUGGGAAGGUGAAGUGCUCCCAUGUCAGAGAAUCAGACAAGGGGAAGAAAAAGAUCGCGGCACCCCCACCUCCCCCUUCAACCCCACCACCACCAGCGCCGGCUCCCAAGCCUAAACCUAGGCCGAAGCCGGUUGCUUCGACUUCCCGUCCCGUUCGGGCCUGCUCAAAGGCCACGCAAGCGCCAGGCCAGGCCGCCAGGACACAAACUAAGUCCAGCGAGCCAGCCGCCGUCGCACCGGCACAACCACGGGCGGUGCCAGGCCCCCGGUGCGUAAACAACGCCUACGUCGAGCUCCGGACGUGCACCAAGCGGAAGAUCGCCGCCGUCGAGGAGGAAGAGAGCGAGAGCGAGGACGGCGAGGAGGAGGCAUACUUGGCCGGUCGGGUGUCAGGCCUCUCCAACAUCUUGCAGAUGAUAGAGAUGGCCUGCGCCACUAUGAGGAAGGAGGUGGAGGAGAUUGAUGGGCAGGUUACCAAGCGCCGCCGCCGCCGCCGCUAA